UAUUCUGUUCUUCGUUUCGCCGCUGAGAUUGUAAUGCAACGGAGCCCAAUCAAGCUCAGAUUAUGCCAUCUCCCAACUCCUCGUUCCAGAGCACGCGGACCUGAGGACUACAUAAACGGCAUGGGCACAGACGCAACGCCGCAUCGCUCAUACCGAAACCUCUUCUUGUAGGCAGGAAUUGUAUUUUUUCUUCAUUCACUUCAGAUGGCAGAUCUUGAGCAAGGAGGAGCAGCCUCUCCCCGAGCACAGCAGCUCUUCUGAACGCGAGGGUUAGGAUCCGAGAAAGCGCAGGUGUGCCCGGGGUGCUUCCAGCUGCCCUUGUGCCGCUUCUUUCCGAAAGGGGGAAAGUAUCUGGAUUACCAGCAGAUGUAAAUUGAAGGACACUUUUGAUAGGUACUGGUGGUGAGGAAGAAGGGGGGGAAAAAGCUGCAAACUGUGAGAGUCGGGAGCUCGCGCGCAGAGCUCAACAUAUCACUGGAUUCUACAUUUAUACCUCAAGAAAAAUGUCAUCGCAGACGAAGAUCAAGAAGGACAAGGAGAUCAUUGCGGAGUAUGAAACGCAAGUGAAAGAGAUCCGUAAUCAGUUGGUGGAGCAGUUCAAGUGCCUGGAGCAGCAAUCAGAGGCUCGGAUCCAGCUGUUGCAGGACCUGCAGGAGUUUUUUCGGCGUAAAGCCGAGAUUCAGCUGGAGUAUUCUCGCAGUCUGGAGAAACUGGCUGAAAGGUUCUCAUCAAAGAUUCGUGGCCCGAGGAAAGAACAGCACCUCCUCUCUUCAGUAAACUGCUGGUAUCUGGUUUUGAACCAGACUCGAAGAGAAAGCCGAGAUCAUGCCACGCUUAACGACAUCUACAUUAAUAAUGUCAUUGUUCGCCUGGCUCAGAUCAGCGAGGAUGUCAUCCGGCUCUUCAAAAAGAGUAAAGAAAUUGGCAUUCAGAUGCACGAGGAGCUGGUGAAAGUGACAAACGAGCUGUACACUGUGAUGAAGACGUAUCACAUGUACCACACGGAGAGCAUCAGUGCAGAAAGCAAACUGAAGGAGGCUGAGAAACAAGAAGAGAAGCAGUUUAGCAAGUCUGGAGACCUCAAUGUCAACCUCCUGCGCCACGAGGACAGACCCCAGCGCCGCAGCUCGGUCAGGAAGAUUGAGAAGAUGAAGGAGAAGAGGCAAGCCAAGUACUCUGAGAACAAACUGAAAUGCACAAAAGCCCGCAAUGACUAUUUAUUGAACCUGGCAGCCACCAACGCCGUUGUGGCAAAAUAUUACAUCCAUGAUGUUUCGGAUAUGAUUGAUUGCUGUGACCUCGGGUAUCAUGCUAGCUUGGCACGCACAUUAAGAACGUAUCUGUCUGCUGAGUAUAACCUGGAGACCUCUCGCCAUGAGGGUCUGGACAUAAUUGAGAACGCUGUGGACAACCUAGACCCUCGUAGCGACAAGCACAAGAUCAUGGACAUGCAUAAUCAGGUCUUUUGCCCACCCAUGCGAUUUGAGUUUCUGCCGCACAUGGGAGAUGAGGUGUGCCAGGUGAGUGCCCAACAACCAGUCCAGACCGAGCUUCUGAUGCGUUACCACCAGCUGCAGUCCCGCUUGGCCACGCUCAAGAUUGAGAAUGAGGAGGUGCGCAAGACCCUGGAUGCCACCAUGCAGACCUUACAAGACAUGCUGACAGUGGAGGACUUUGAUGUAUCAGAUGCCUUCCAGCACAGCCGAUCCACAGAGUCCAUCAAAUCCGUGGCUUCCGAGAGUUACAUGAGCAAAUUGAACAUUGCUAAGAGACGAGCCAAUCAGCAGGAGACGGAAGUCUUCUACUUCACUAAAUUCAAGGAGUACCUGAACGGCAGUAACCUCAUCAUUAAGCUUCAGGCCAAGCAUGACCUGCUAAAACAGACUCUGGGGGAAGGAGAAAGAGCUGAAUGUGGAACUACAAGACCCCCAACCCUUCCCCCGAAACCACAGAAAUUGCGGAAACCAAGGCCUCGUUCCAUCUAUAACCAUAAGCUGUUUAACGGCAAUAUGGAGAGUUUCAUUAAGGACUCAGGUCAACCCAUUCCUCUGGUGGUGGAGAGCUGUAUUCGAUACAUUAAUCUAUAUGGGCUGCAACAACAAGGCAUAUUCCGAGUUCCUGGAUCUCAGGUCGAAGUCAACGAUAUUAAAAAUUCAUUUGAAAGAGGUGAGGACCCACUGGUUGAUGAUCAGAGCGAUCAUGAUAUCAACUCGGUGGCCGGUGUUCUCAAGCUGUAUUUCAGAGGACUGGAAAACCCUCUUUUCCCUAAGGAGCGCUUUCUGGAUUUGAUCUCCACCGUCAAGCUUGAAUCAUCUGCGGAAAGAGCCCACCACAUCCAGCAGAUCAUCGUCACCCUUCCUCGUACCAUCAUCAUCGUCAUGCGAUACCUGUUUGCUUUUCUAAACCAUCUGUCUCAGUACAGCGACGAGAACAUGAUGGACCCAUAUAACCUUGCCAUCUGUUUUGGACCCACUUUGAUGCCCAUCCCGGAGGGUCAGGACCCUGUGGCCUGUCAGGCUCAUGUUAAUGAAGUCAUCAAGACCAUCAUCAUCCACCACGAGGUCAUCUUCCCCAGCCUGCGUGAGCUGGACGGCCCUGUUUAUGAGAAAUGUAUGACUGGAGGAGAGGAGUACUGUGACAGUCCUCACAGCGAACCAGGCACCAUUGAUGAAGCGGACAACUGCACCGAACCACACACAAGCGAUGAUGAGGUGGAGCAGAUCGAGGCCAUUGCAAAGUUUGAUUACAUGGGUCGGACUCCUCGAGAGCUGUCCUUCAAAAAAGGUGCAUCCCUUUUGCUGUAUCACCGCGCAUCUGAAGACUGGUGGGAAGGCCGACACAACGGGGUUGACGGCCUCAUACCUCACCAGUAUAUAGUAGUACAAGAUUUGGAUGAUGCGUUCUCUGAUAGUCUGAGUCAGAAAGCUGACAGCGAGGCCAGCAGCGGACCUUUACUGGAUGAUAAAGCCUCAUCCAAAAACGAUCUUCAGUCCCCGUGUGAACCUUCACCUGAUUACAACUUCGGCGGGGUCAUGGGCCGGGUUAGGUUGCGUUCGGAUGGGUCUGCCGUUCCUCGGCGCCGAAGUGGCACUGAAUCUCACAGUCCUCCUCGAGACACUCCGCCGCGGGCCGCCGCCUGCCCCAGCAGCCCCCACAAGGUGGCGGUCACUAGAGGCCACAUAGAGAGUCCCGAGAAGAGACGUUUGGGAACCUUUGGCAGUGCAGGCAGCAUUAACUACCCCGAGAGAAAGGUCUAUCCUGAGGGUCACCCGCUCAGGCCUGUGCCAGGAGCAACAAGACACAGCAGCCUUGGAGACCACAAGUCCUUGGAGGCUGAGGCUUUAGCGGAGGAUAUUGAGAAGACAAUGAACACCGCACUUCAUGAGCUGCGUGAAUUGGAACGUCAAAACACAGCCAAACAAGCUCCCGACGUUGUUCUGGAUACGUUAGAACCGCUCAAGAACCCUGUGAGCUCCGAGCCAGCGAGCCCCUUACACACCAUCAUGAUCCGAGACCCGGAAGCGGCCCUCAGACGCAGCAGCAGCUCCACUACAGAGAUGAUGACCACCUUUAAACCGGCGCUGUCCGCCAGAUUGGCCGGAGCCCAGCUCAGACCUCCACCCAUGAGACCCGUGCGACCCCCGCCCACUCAGCACCGCUCCAGCAGCUCCAGCUCCUCUGGGGUGGGAAGCCCUGCCGUGACGCCCACAGAGAAGAUCUUUCCAAACAACGCAAGCAACGCCGCGGCUUCCUCCGCCAACUCUGGCGAGAAACCCGGGACCAUGUAGCAGCAGCAGCCGGCCCGUGGUGCGGUGUAGCUACCUGCGCUGGUGAGGGCUACCCAGGGCAAGGAAGUUCAGGAGUGCUGUUUCUAUUUUACAUUUAUUUUUUGAGCCUUUGAGAGUAAUGCAGCCGAGCUGUGGCUGUUGAGCCUAGUGAGUUGAGUCUGGCUCAGGUGAUUCUUUUUUCCCAUUCCAUUCCGUUCUUCCCAUCAUUUCCUUCCUUCUCUGUGAAAAAAGUAAAAAAAAUACAAGGGGGAAAAAAGACAAUUUAAGGUUAAUUUCAUGCUACGAUAAAAAGAUGUUUAAAAAAAAAGAUAAA